UGUUUUGUUUGUUCCCGGUGUCAGAAAGCAAAACAACAACACUGUUUUCCGUAAAUAUUGACUAAUUCACAUUCAAACAUGGACACUAAGGAUGGGGACGAUUUAGAUACCAUAGCCUACAAGAUAGACCAAACAGAGAAGGUACUAGCCCAACUGAAGGAUCAAAAAUACAAUCUCUCAAUGCGAAUCAACUCGUUGGAAGUGACCCUUCAAGAAUUAAAAAAGCAGGAGAAUGUGAAAAAAUUAGUGAACAGGCCGGACACCAGCCACUGGUCCACAACCGAGUUUGCCUGGACUGAGGACUUGGUGAAAGCUUUGAAAGAAAAGUUCAAGUUUGACACGUUCAGAUUCAAACAAUUGGCAGCCAUAAAUGUGACCAUGUCAAAGAAAGAUUGCAUUCUGGUUAUGCCAACAGGUGGGGGAAAAAGUUUAACUUAUCAGCUUCCUGCGUGUCUUUCAUCAAAGUUAACACUGGUAGUGUCCCCAUUAAUCUCCCUGAUAUCCGAUCAGCUCAUUGCUUUAGAAAAAUUAGGAAUAAACGCAGCGACAAUAAAUUCUAGUACAACUAAAGGUGAUAGAAAAAAGAUCCAUGAUUCAAUGGUCUCAACCAAAAGCAAUUUACGCUUACUUUUCGUUACGCCCGAGUGGAUUGUGAAGAGCAAAGUGUUUUUCAAUUAUCUUUCUAAGUGUUACAAUAAUAAAAUGCUAGAAAGGGUUGUUAUAGAUGAAGUUCAUUGUUGUUCUACAUGGGGACAUGAUUUUAGAACCGAUUAUAGUCAGUUAAAUUUCUUCAAAAAUUUAUUCCCGGAUGUCCCAAUAUUAGGGUUAACAGCCACGGCAACAAUGCAAGUACUGAUUGAUGUACAGAAAAUGCUUGAAAUACCUGAGGCUGUUAUCAUUACAGCUCCAUUUAAUAGGCCCAAUCUGUACUACAAGGUAAUUGAUAAGCCAGAAAAAGAAGAGACUUUGGAUUAUCUGGAGAAAAUAUUGACUCACAAAUAUGCCGGGAAAUCUGGAAUUAUUUACGCACAAACUAUUAAAGACUGUGAAGAUCUUGCUUUAGCUUUAAAACAAAGAGGAUUAAAAAUUGCACCAUACCAUGCCAAUUUAGACCACAGUGAUAAACAUAAGGUGCAUGAAAGGUGGUUGAAUAAUAAAUAUCAAGUUGUGGUCGCCACAAUUGCGUUUGGAAUGGGAAUCGAUAAACCGGAUGUAAGAUUUGUUAUACAUCACUCAGUGCCAAAAAGUAUGGAAGGACUUUACCAGGAAAGUGGUAGAGCAGGCAGAAAUGGAGAUAAGGCUGACUGCAUAGUUAUGUAUUCACUGACUGAUGUUCUAAAGAAUAUUAGCAUGUCAACUUCAGCAACGGCUGACAGAAAUGCUGUUUCUGUGCUAAAGUAUUGUUUAAAUCAGGAAAAAUGCAGACGAGAAUUAAUAGCCAAACACUUUGAAGAUCCUUGGACUACCAGCAUGUGUAAUUCAAUGUGCGAUAUUUGCGAAGAUCCCGAAAUAGAAAAGAAAUAUAAUUUAAAACCUGUUUACGACAUUUUAGCACAGGUUUUAUCAAAAUCUGAAGAUAAAUUGACACUAAUUAAGCUACAUAAUGCAUAUAAUCAAAUUUGCAAUAAAAAUGGUGCCAGAAAAUUGGAGAAAAACGAUAUUUAUACAAUAAUAGGUUACUUGUUGGAACAAAAGUAUUUUAAAGUUUCAAAAGGUGCAAAUUUAUAUGGUUACAUUGCUUAUAUAGACUUGAAUACGGCCAAAACGCCAGGCGAUAAAAUUGUUAUAGUAUUGAAAAGGACAUUAAGAGGAGUUCCUAGAGUAAAUGGACAGGAGAAUGGAGAAUCUUCAGAAGAAAAUAAUACAGCAGCCGAAUCUCAAAGCAAAUGCGAGUCUCAUGACGAGGAUGCAGACGAGGAUAUUGAUGAACCACCUUCCAAAAAAUUAAAGGACUAAGUUUUUUAUAAGUUUCUGAUGUUAUACUAAUUUAUUUAUUAAAUGUAGUAUUUUUCUA